AUGUCAUCAUCAAGAAGCAGAACGGUAGAAGACAUAUACGAAUCGCAAAAUGACCAAAGAUUAGACGAACUGCAUUCCAAGAUUCGUACACUGCGCGGGAUAACGACAGACAUUCACGAUGAUGUAGAAGCUCAAAAUUUGCUGUUAGAUAACACUAAUGACCGCUUCUCGUCCUUCGGCACAGCUCUUUCGCAAACUUCCCAGCGCGCUGCACAAGCUUUUGGUAUUGGAACAGGCAGUCUCAAACCGUGGCGCAUUGCUGCUCUGAUCGUCGGUGUCUUUAUCGCAUUCUGGUUGACUUCCAAGGUUCUUGGGUGGUGGUGGGGCUCACCGGCGACGGCGAGCGUUUGA